AUGGCCAUUAAACCAGCCAUUUGGCCGGUACUCCUUGCCAAUAUUCUUAUUCCUAUUUCUAUUCUUAUCUUCUCCUUGGGAUUUUUUCCUUAUAAGCCUUUGAUCCCUGGGCUUGCGACAUUUGAGGAGGCUCGGAAUGCGCCAGCACCAAUCUUCAAUAAGGUUGUCUUUAUGGUGGUUGAUGCCCUGCGGAGCGACUUCGUGUAUUCCGAUAAGUCCGGCUUCCUCUUUACCCAAGGUCUGAUUCGGUCCGGCGCCGCAGUCCCUUUUACCGCAUAUGCAGGGUCCCCCACAGUUACAAUGCCUCGACUGAAGGCUUUAACUACAGGAUCUGUACCCUCUUUCCUCGAUGUCAUCCUGAACAUUGCAGAAUCCGAUACUUCUUCGACUCUUGCAUUUCAAGAUACCUGGUUGGCUCAAAUUAAAAGGAGGGGAGAGAAGCUCAUAAUGUAUGGAGAUGAUACCUGGUUGAAGCUCUUUCCCGGAAUGUUUAGCAGGGCAGAUGGUACAACAAGCUUUUUUGUAUCAGACUUCACCGAAGUAGAUACCAACGUGACCCGCCAUAUCCCUCAUGAGCUUCUCCAGGAUGAUUGGUCUGCACUAAUUAUGCAUUACCUGGGCUUAGACCACAUAGGGCAUAAAGCUGGUCCACAGAGUCCUUAUAUGAUAACAAAGCAGCGCGAAAUGGAUGCCAUUGUUAGCCAAGUAUAUGAGGCUAUGAACCAAGAAGCUCACUUAGAAUCAACACUAUUUGUUGUGUGUGGAGAUCAUGGCAUGAAUGAUGCUGGGAAUCACGGUGGUUCUUCCGUAGGCGAAACUUCGCCUGCCCUGCUUUUCAUAUCACCCAAAUUUCAGACGAUAGAGGGUAUGAGACAGAGCCCAAUCGCUGCAUUCAAAGAUAUGCAAUACUAUCGUGUUGUUGAUCAAACGGAUAUUACACCAACCUUGGCUGGCCUCCUUGGUUUACCUAUUCCUUUAAACAGCCUUGGGGUCUUCAUACCGGAACUUCUUGAUCUAUGGCACUCUGAUAACGGAAGUGCCAGCCAGUCUGAGGUUGAAUCCUCCCUUCUGCACUUCCUCAAAACUUCCCAGAGCCUGAUGAGCAGUGCAGCUAGCAAUUAUAACCUCAAAUAUCUUUCCUUGGGAAUAUUUGUGAGUGGCCUUGCUGUCUUGUUCGCCUUGCCUGCUUCGUAUAGAGUGCUAUCAGGCGAAAAACACGCAGGAUUGUUCUUUGCCUUGAGUAUCCUAAGCUAUGGCGCCUUAAUGUUUGCGAGUAGCUACGUGGAGGAAGAACAGCAAUUUUGGUACUGGAUAUUCACCGGGUGGGCAUUUUACUUGCAUAUCAGCCCAUUGAUCCCGUCAAUUAAGGAAUACAGUGUUGGCAAUAAAACAUCCGAGCUACUACAGUCUCUUUCUAAGUUUGCUAGUGAUAAGGAAGCUGAAAUUGAGACAAUAUGCAACACAAAUCACCAGGAAUUUGUCACUUCCGUCAACCAGCUCCUUCAUAUUAGAGAGGAUAGCGUCAGCCUAACAGCGGAGAUCUUGGACCUGAACCAAUCCAUCCAAGCUAGUACAGAGAAGCUAGCCGAGCAGAAAAAGGCUUUGGUGGAAUCGCGAAGUCACCGACAAAACAUCGAUGAAACAUCCCGUGCUAUUCAAGAUUGUUUGGAAGUUCUGCGCCUUGCGAAUCAAGUCCACGAUCUACUAGCCAAGAAAAACCAUUACGCAGCGCUUCGUGCGCUUGAAGAGCUUCAAAAUGUUCACCUCAAGGGUGUGACUCAGUAUCAGAUUGCUGACAUGAUCCAGCGCUCUGUCCCGGCAACUCAAAGAGCUAUAGCUGAAGCGGUGAUGUCGGACUUGAACACUUGGCUGUAUAGAAUCCGGGAGAUGUCACAAUAUCUCGGGGAGAUAGCAUUGUAUCACACAGAUCUGCGCAAAACAAGACACAAGGAAAGAGCUGCAAAGAUGCCGUAUCUUGAGCACUUCAAAUUAAAUUCUGCCAUUGAACUGGUGUCCGACGAGCAUGAGGAGUAUGACCUCCUUCAAAACGAGGAACUUCAAGUUGAUUUCACCCCACUUUUCGAAUGCCUUCACAUACACCAGUCCCUCGGCCAAAUGGAUAAAUUCAAGGUCGAAUAUGCGAAUACCCGCCGCCGACAGAAGGAACUUCUGAUACCGGCCUCGAUAACCCUGGUCGACGAAGACGGUGCUAGCCUCCACAAUCUAUUAGAGGAAAUGGCAGGUUUUGCGAUUGUUGAAAGAUCCACUAUGAAGAAGCUCCCAGGCUUGCGAUCUCCGGUUGAUGUUGAUGAGCUAUGGGACUCCAUGUGUCAGACAGCCGUAAGCUUAAUAUCGAAAGCCCUUUGCGAAGUCGACAAUGCCGAAAGUCUCUUGAGAAUAAAGAAUCUUAUUGCCCUGUUUAUGCAGACAAUGAACGCAUGGGGCUUUGCAGUCGGAACUUUCGAUAACUUAUUCCUAACACUAUUUAGGAAGUAUGCCGAGCUUCUCAAAAGAAGGUUCAGCGAUGACUUUCAAGAGAUUGUGUCCACGGAUGAUUAUAUGCCUAUGCCAAUUCAAACACCCGAAGAAUUCGAUAAAGUACUUAACGUCAGUUGGUAUAAUCCUGAAAACCCUCAGGAACAAGUUUUCCCUUGUGUUUUACCCUUCUCGCAGAUGUACCCAUUAUGUUGCAUUGAUAUUCGAAAUUUCCUGAACCAAUUUUACUUCUUUGCCAAUGACGAUUUCUCAAAUCCGGAUGUUAUUGACGAAACAGUGAAAGACGCCCUGGAUGAAUUAUUGUCUAGCAAAGUCUGCGACACUCUCGUGGAGCGCCUCAACUCGCAAUACCUUGGCCAAAUCGUGCAGAUCCUUAUAAAUCUAGAGCAUUUCGAGCUCGCUUGUCAUGAGCUUGAGCUCUUGCUUGCUGCAGCGAGGUCGCAGAACACCUCUGGGGAUCCGCUAACGUUAAAGGCAACCGAGAAGUUUAGAGACAAUAAGAAAGUGGCAGAGAAACGUAUUUUCGAAGUGGUUAAUUCUAAAAUUGACGACCUUAUCGAAACCGCGGAAUACGACUGGGUGGCACAGGUUGCACCUACAGAACCGAGCAGCUAUAUGCAGACACUCACCCGUUUCCUAUCGAAUAUCAUGAAUUCAACCCUCCUUGGGCUCCCAACAGAAAUUAAAGAGUUGAUCUACUUCGAUGCCCUUAGCCACGCAGCAAAUAUGAUUCUAGCGCUUCCUCUUUCCCCAGAUGUGAAACGAAUCAACCCCAAUGGCGUAAUGGCUCUCGCAAAGGAUGUCGAAUAUCUCUAUCAAUUUGUUGACGGCCUCAAUGUACCCAUUCUUCGUGAAAACUUGGAUGAGCUACAACAGACAGUGCAGCUGAUGCAGGCGGAUAACGCUGAUGAGUUCUAUGAUAUCUCAACGCGGAACAAGAAGUAUGGGCGAGUAGACGCUAUUAAUGGCCCAGUUCUCUUGGAAAAACUUACACACACUAUUCAGAGCCCGGUGAAGACGGAAAAGUUCCCAACUCUUACUUCGAGGUUCGGGAAGAAAUCGUGA